UUUGAUUUUUCAAUCUGCUUACAAACACAUUUGGCAAGUGUCGAAAUUCAGAAGUUUCCACAAUGAAAAAGCAAAUUGUUAAGGAGUUCAUAACCGUAAAGAAGGUACUUCACCUGCCGCCGGAGCCACCGCCACCGCCGCCACCUCCUAAGCGCCAUGUUUUGGCUGUGGGCAGCUGCACGCUGGACAUGAUCACCAUCGUGGAUCUGCCUCUUUACCCAGGCCAGGUGCAGCGCACCACGGAGGGAAGCUGGCGGCGCGGCGGUCCCGCUGCCAACAUAUGCACCGUGUGGCGGCGACUGGGCUUGGAGUGCGAGUUCCUCGGCGUUUUGAGCAGGGUUAGGGCGUUCGAGAGCCUGCUGAAUGGAUUUCAAUCGCAGGGCAUCGACAUUUCGCAUUGCCCGCUGACGAAUCACCGGCCUGCGCACCGCAGCAUCAUUGUCCAACGGAACGUGGAUACACGAACCUUGCUGGAGUUCGCCAAUGCCAACCAGGAGCUCACCUACCAGCAGUUUGUGGGCGCCGUGGACUACCAGAAGUACUCGUGGAUACAUUUCGAGUGUCGUAAUCCCGUUGAGAUGCUGCGCAUGGUCCUGGCGGUCAUACAAUUCAACGAGCGCUGCCCCGAGUCAAGGAUCACCCUCUCCGUGGAUCUGGACAACUUGCGGCCGGCCACCAUGUUGAUGGCCAGUAUGGUGGACUACGUCUUCGCCCGGAAGACCAUGAUGCGUACGUACUGUUUUAUGAAUGGACGCGAGGUUGUUUGGGCGAUUAGGAAUGAAAUGCGAAGAGCACGGACUCAAUGGGAAAAAAACCAGCCCAAAAAGAUGCCCUAUCUACCUCCGGAUCCCCCAGACGAGCAUUCCAGCGGAUAUUGCCCGGGACCGCUGAACAACCAACCCGUCGUCAUAUACAAUAAUUAUAUGGAAGGCGCUAGUUGCCUGAUGGCCGACGACACCUACUUCAAGGUGGGCUCACAGAUCCCGCCCAAAUUUGUGGACGUUGUGGCCGUUAACGACACCUUCUCAGCGGCCGUGAUAUAUGCACUGAUUAAGGUAAAGAUGCGGCUGAGGGAUGCUAUCGAGUACGGAACCCGGGCGUCGUCUCUGAAGUUGACGGGAAACGGAUUCGAUGUGCUGCGGUGUAUGCCCAAGGAUCUGAUUGGUUGUUACUAUACUUAAGCCCACGGUUUUAUAAAAUCUACUCUACACGUAACUGAAAUCAAUAAAGGGUUUAACCAAAA